AUGUCGGCGGCUCCCGACGACGCUCCACGUCACUCCCUGACCGACCUCUUCCAAAUCCAGCGCCUGUUCGACUUCGUCCCGCCCUCCACCGCCGUCGAGCUCGCCGCCACCUGCUGGGCCGGCCUCGUCGCGGUGCUGCGGUACGGCUGCGGGUACGAGGGCGUGACGGACUGGUGGGCGCACGACGGCCUCGACCGCUGGGGUCACAACGCGACGCACCGCGUGGGGGUGCGGCGUAUACUACCCGGCGGGGCGCUGCUGCGGGGGCUCGCGGCGCGCAUGGAGGGCGUGUCGCGGUGCGUGGGGCGGCUGGAGGUGGCGGGGGCGCACUUCCCGGCGGAGGACGCUCGGGCGGUGAGCGAGGCGGCCGACGCGGCGGGCUUCCUGGCUCCGCGGCCUCUCUCAACCUGCCGUGUCGCGUCGGACGGGCCGGACGAGCAGGUGGAGGCGCUGGAGGGCAUGGUCCGGGCAGGGGUCUCGCAGCUGCGCGUGGUGAAGAUCUCGCUGUCUCACCUGGGCGCCCCGGGGCACCUGGACAUCAUGGCGUGGAGGCGUCAGAGCGACAUGCUGGAGAUCGAUCGUUUUCUGGCGACGCUGGAGGCGCCGGCGGUGCGCGACCACCUCGAGACGUUCGCGCUCGACACGCCGCUCGUGUUCGGCGGCGACGUGGAGUGCAUUCUCGCGGCUCUGCAGCAGGCGCGGGCGCUGCGCACGCUGCGGCUGCUCAACUCCGAGACGCGCCCGAACCGCGGCUACGGCGUCACGUCCGGGUUCUGCACCGCUCUCUCGCGGCUCAUCCGCGGGUGCCAGACGCUGCGGGACCUGGAGCUGGCGCCGCCGAACGUGUCGUUGCACGCGGGGAUCGAGAUCGCACGGGCAGUCGGGGAGAUCGUCGCGGUGGGCAACGUGCGGACGGUGCGGUACGGGUGCACGAACAGGCUCGACGAGGAGGAGUUCGAGGAGGGGGAGGAGAGUGACGUGGCAGAGGUGCUGUCAGGGUUCUACCUGGGGGGGGUCUCCGCGCUCGAGCUCGAGUUCUGCCGCCUCACCGGGUACGGCAUCUGCAGGCUCGCCGAGAACCUCAGCUCCAUCACCAACAACAACCUCGUCUCGCUCCGCCUCGAGAAGACAGAGCUCGGCGAUUCCGGGGGCGACGCGCUGGGCACCAUUCUGCGCGCCAGCCCCGCGCUCCGGCGACUCAGCCUCGUGCACGUGGACCUCGCGGUGUGGUUCGAGCUCGAGGACGCCGUCGCGACGUGCCUCGCACCGCUGCCGCUCGAGGCCCUCGAAGUGACGCACGAACAGAGCCCGGAUGACCACCUGGACGACUGCGACGUCAUCGGUGUGGUGGCUAGCCUCGUGGCGCGCAGCGAGUCGCUCCGCGAGCUGCGCUUCACGUUCUCGUUCGACGAGGACGAGGAGGACGCGGCGAUCGAGGAGCCGUUCCGCGCCAUUGAGUCGGUGCGGCGUCUUGCGAAAGCGGUGCAAGAGAGCCCGUGUCUGCGCAGGCUGGAGAUCUUCUACGACCACCGCGACGCGGCGGUGCUCGCGCGGGCGAUCGCGAAGAACCGGUCGCUGCGGGAGCUCAAGAUGAAGGUCGAGAUCGACUUGGUCGACAUCGCGAUGAUGGACCAGGUGUCCCAGGGGCUCGAGCACAACGCCACUUUGCGCGUGUUGGAGCUCUCUGGUGCGGCCUUCGACACCUUCAGCACGGCGCUCGAGAUCGAGGCCAGCAUUGGGCGCCUGGCUCGCGUCCUCGAGGCCAACGACAGCCUGCGGGUCUUGAUCCUGGACGGGAGGCUCCCGGCCGGCGCGGGGGCAAUUCUCGCAAACGCGCUGGCGGCCAACAAGGGACUGCACACCGUGCGCGCGGGGCGCGCGAACGUCGCGGGGCUGGGCGACCGGGACGCGAAGGCCUUCGGGCGGGCGCUCCAGGCCAACCGCGUGCUGCGCGAGCUGCAGCUGGCGGGCAACAUCGGCGAGCCCGGCUUGUGGGCACUGCGGGAUGGCCUUGCUGGGAGGCCCGGGACGUUCGAGCUGACCCUGCUGGUGGCGAUGGUCCCGGAGGACGAUAUGGUCAGGUUGCUUCGCGGCACCGGGGCCCACGUGCACAUCGAGAAGGGUUGA